AAUGCGGCGGAAGUUGGCCGUUAGCGGAGCGGAGGGGAUUAAACUGUAACGUUUAUUCUCUGACCAACCGUUCAAACGGGAUGAAGUCCAUCCAAAAUCUUCACUGUUGAAUAUGUUCCUUGACACGACGCACAGCGAAGGACAGCGAUGUCACUGCCAUCAGCUAAAUUCCUGGACAAGAUUAACCUCCAGACAGAACUAAAGGUGUGACGACAACAGACGGUGUAUAGCGGGGUGCGAGGUCACCUGUCUGUGUGUGUGUGUGUGUGUGUGUGUGUGUGUGUGUGUGUUUGUUUAUGAGUGAGUGGUAUAGCAGCUGGAGGUUGUAACGUGAUACCAAGAUGCUGCUGUCCCUGGGAAUGCUGAUGCUGUCGGCCACGCAGAUUUACACCAUCUUCACUGUUCAGCUUUUUGCCUUUCUCAACCUGCUGCCCGUGGAGGCCGACAUUGCAGCUUACUCAUUUGACAACAAAACGGAGAACUUUGAGGACCUGCCUGCACGGUUUGGCUAUCGGCUACCCAGUAAUGGACUAAAGGGCUUCCUGAUUGGGGCACGACCAGAAAAUGCGUGCGAGCCCAUCGAGCCCCCUCCGAGGGACAACUUGACUGGCGCCUUCAUCGUCCUCAUCAAGCGCUUCGACUGCAACUUUGACAUCAAGGUCCUCAAUGCCCAGAAAGCCGGGUACAAGGCAGCCAUUGUUCACAACGUGGACUCCGAUGACUUAAUCAGCAUGGGAUCCAAUGAUCUGGAUGUCAUGAAGCAGAUAGAUAUUCCCUCUAUGUUUGUGAGCGAGGUGACUGCCACCUCUCUGAAAGAAGACUUCACGUAUGACAAAGGGGGACAUGUGGUCCUCAUGCCAGACUUCAGCCUGCCGCUGGAAUAUUACCUGAUCCCCUUUCUCAUCAUUGUGGGAAUCUGCCUCAUCCUCAUCGUUGUUUUUAUGAUCACCAAGUUUGUCCAGGAUCGACACCGGGCUCGGAGGAGCCGCCUGCGCAAAGAUCAGCUAAAGAAACUUCCCAUCCACAAGUACAAGAAAGGGGACAACUAUGAUGUGUGCGCCAUCUGCCUGGACGAAUAUGAAGAAGGUGAUAAACUCCGAGUCCUGCCAUGUUCUCAUGCCUACCACAGUAAGUGUGUGGACCCCUGGCUGACCAAAACUAAGAAGACAUGUCCGGUGUGCAAGCAGAAAGUGGUCCCCUCGCACGGUGACUCUGACUCCGACUCAGAGGAGGGGGAGAGCGGCCCUGAAGAGAACGAGGAGGUGUCGGAGAGCACCCCUCUGCUGCGCUCGCUGGCCUCCACCAGCGCACACUCCUUCGGCACCAUGUCAGGAGCGUCGCGCUCCGAGCAGGACCAGGAGUCCUCGGACUACGAGGACGACGAGCUGGACAGCAGCGACAGCGAGGAAGAGGUCACCGUAGAGACUGUGGUGGUGCAGAUGCAGCAGCCCUGCUCUGAAGGCCACGAGCACGACCUGCCCCGAGCUUGACCGAUUGUUGGCUGGGCAAGCACCCCCCCUCCCUCCCU